ACGGUUCCGUCCUCCUUUUCUCUCCAGCCUGCGCGCAUGAAACUCGCCACUCAACCGAGGGGUGCGCAAACGAGUUCUUCCGACCUGCGCCACUUUCACAAUAGACUCCUUGAAUGGGACCAGAGCUCUAAGUGGAUCCUGCUGUUUGUGCUGAUGAUUUAAACAUGGGACUGCGCGCCGUUGCUUCGUUGUUCGGUGGAUAUCUGCGCACCACUUCGCUGUGCGUUCUAGUCUGGGGCACGUUUGCGCAACAAGGUUUGCUUUCUUUCUCCUCAGCACCGGAGUGUCUUCCAGGAGGCCAUCGCACCCUGCGCAGCCCGUACCGUAGUGUCACCUUUGACUCCACAGAGAUCCAGAACACGGCCAUCCAAGACCUCAUCUGUGAUCACUCGCUGUCGCCCGGAUGGUAUCGAUUCAAGAUUAAUAACAAGCCGGCAGAGAUGCCCACCACCUGUGUUGAGAUGAAUCGCUGUGGAACACAGGCGCCAGUAUGGCUCUCUCUGAAAGACAGCCCGCUACCCCGACCCGGCGAGAUCCGGCAGCUCUCUGCCUGCGCGACCUGGCAAUUCUUUCACGGCAGCGCCAAAGACUGCUGCCUGUUCCGCAUCCCCAUUACAGUGCGGAACUGUGGCGACUUCCUGCUUUACUACCUGCAGCCCACACAGGGCUGCAUGGGGUACUGUGCUAAAGUCACCCCAGAACCAGGACCAAGACUUUGCCCUCGGGGAGAAGUGGAAGUCAAUGGCCGCUGCAAAGCCAUGUUGCCAUCGCUGCUGUCGCGACCGGUCAUCACCUCUGAACUGAUAGGUCACAGCGUCCACCUAAAGUGCUCUUUCAUGCCGCCGCCAUGGAGCCAAGCGCUGGCCUUCCAGGUGGUUUGGGCGAGACACAUCGGCCAGAGCAUGAAGGCAGAGAUCCGGCAGGAAUCCACGCUGAAGCCCUUCUCACUGGUGGAGAUGGACGGCGUUCACUUUAGGUUGGGAGAAAAGUUCUCCUGCAGCGUGUCCACUUUUCAAGCCAACCACACGGCCUUCAGAUCUGCUCCGAGAGAGAGUGAAAGUUUCUACGCUGGGUUGAAGUUUUCUCCAGAUACUCUCCAGAUCACAGAAAACAGCCGGGAGCAUGAGGUCAGCGUCUACAGCACAGUGCCGAUCUCUUGUUUCCACCCGGAUCACGCUGACCACUGCGAGCUCCCGCUGAGUUUGAGCAUUCAGGAUCCAGACAGCCUCAGACACGAAGUUGGCAAUGUGGCCUUGUCUGCUUGCCAGGUGGCGCUCAAGUCAGCGCCCUGUGCUGCGGCCAGCUGUGGCCAUGCCAAAUUCUAUGUCACCGCUGUGACCGACUUCACCCGUGAUGGGAAUCGACCGAGUUUGAUCAGUGCCCUGCCUGGACCUGGAGCUCCACGACUGUGGGGCAGCUACAUCCCGACUUCCCUGAAAGUCACAGUUCAAGACAUUCCCACUUCUACCUGCUACUCCUUGACCGACCCGCAUAUCAUAACCCUGGAUGGCAGGCGAUAUGAGAACCACCAGACAGGCACCUUUGUUCUCUAUCGGAGUCUGGCUCGGGACUUUGAGGUCCACUCUCGGCAGUGGGACUGUGGCAGCAGACACUACGCCGUGGCCUGCAACUGUGGUGUUGUGGUGCGAGAAAAGAAUGAAGUUGUCACCUUUGACAUGUGUAACGGACAGCAGCGGGAAACCAGGCCCCAACUUACCGUCAAGAAGUUGGUGGAAGAUCAGGAUGAAGGCGACGGGGUCAGGGUGCAUGAAUCCCACCAGGGAAAGAAAGUCACCUUGGUCUUUCCCUCCGGAGCCUUUGUUAGGGCGGAUGUUGGGGAUUGGGGAAUGAGCCUUUCCAUCCGAGCCCCAAGCAUCGACUAUGGCAACACCCGAGGACUUUGUGGGACCUUUGACCGCCACGGCAACAACGACUUCCAUGGAUCUAACGGUGAAAUUUAUGGCCCAGAUGACAAAGCUCGCUUUCUGGAGGAGUGGAGGAUCGCUCCUGGAGAGAGUUUCUUCGACAAGGUCUCGCUUGAGGCAACCCCAGUCCAGAGAAGACCAUUCUGCAUGUGCAAGAAAGGCUUUAUCGCCCCCAAUUCUGCCGGAUUGAAGACUCAUUACAAUCCGUCUGGUCGGUCAGACUGUGUUUCUUUUGACAAUGUGGAUUCCACGUCAUUGUUCCCCUCAAUGGACGUAACAGAGGAGUACAAAAAGAGCCCGGAGAGAAGAGCGGAAGGCAUCUUAAACAUGUCUUCUUUUGCCGCUCACCAGUUUAAUUUCCGGAAUGAGUGGAGAGAACUGAGUGACGAUGAGCUGGAAUUCCAGGAUGAGCUCCUGAUUUCUGCCGAAAGGCCAAAAAGGCAGACUGUGGAUGAAUUUCGACCCGUCUUCAGAAGCCAAAGCCUGACCCAGGCUGCUCUAGAUCGUCUGGCUUACUUCUUUCCUGAGGAUCACCUUGAAGCUGCCAGGCCAGAGGUCAAGAGCAAAUGGCCCACGCCCAGUGGCUUGACCUCAGCCAAAGCUCUGGAGGUGUGUCAGGUGGCGUUGGCCAAUUCCACCGUUGGGGCGGUGUGUCGGGACGUGCUGGGCCGCCGUCUCGAUGAGGCAGUGGAUCUCUGUGUUCUGGACCUGCAGUUGAAGGAUGACCUCGGCUGGGAUGAAGCCCUGCUGCCAUACCUUGAAAACGAAUGUGAGCGAAGGCUGUUGGAAAACCGAACUCUGCGGGCGGUGGAGCUUCAAGGUGCGCCAGGAGGGGUGGUGACCGCGCUGCGCUGCCCGAACCUCUGCAGCGGAAACGGAGUGUGUACAGAAUGGGGCUGUCAGUGCAACCGCGGCUACAGCUUCUAUGACUGCAGUCUCGCGAUGAGUCAACCAGUUGAGCUCACAGAUAUUGAGAAUAAUGGAUUGUGUGAUAUCCGCGCAUCCAACUGUCGCGUCGUGAGAGUUUUCGGCCUCGGCUUCAUCGACUCUCUGGACCUGAGUUGUCACGCCACCAGACUGAAGUACACGAAUGGCAAGUGGGUUCCGAGUGAAAAACAAAGAACAAAAGCCAUCUUUCUCAGCUCGAAGGCUUUAGACUGUUCCGUCCCCUCGCUGAGUAAUACUGCAGUCAACACAGAGGACUUCAUGAUGGAUGACAAACCAUAUGCUCGCUGGGAAAUGAAGGUGACCAAUGAUGGCUCUCAGUACAGCCAAGUGAAGGUGCUGACCAUCUUUGAUGGCGUGUGUCAAGAGUGCGAGGCUUCACGCUCAGGACUCUGUAAGUUAAAGGAUGGGACGUGCAACAUAGAUGGGAUGUGCUUCGCCGAGGGGGACUCCAGUCCCGGUAGCCCUUGCCUCCUCUGCGACCCGACCCACUCCAAAUUCUCCUGGUCAGUGAACCAAGUCAAUGAGCCUCCGGCCUUCCUCCCGCCACAAAAUGACCUGCUGACCUUCGCCGGGGAGAACUUUGUCUUCCAGUUCGCAGCGUCGGAUCCAGAGGGCUCAGCGCUUCUCUUCCAACUGGAGGAAGGAGCCAACGGCGCUGUCCUGUCCCCAGCUGGUCUCCUCAUCUGGAGGGUCCCGCCGCUUGUUGAAGCAGAAGAGCAUCACUCUUUUCGCUUCACUCUCUCAGACGAGUGCAACGCCCAAAGCACCUUCUCCAUCGAGAUCGCUGUGGUACCAUGCGGCUGUCACUCUGGAGGCACGUGCGUGACGGAUGUCAACUUCCCGGCCGGCAGUGGCAAGUACCUGUGUCUGUGUCCGGACGGGACCCAGGGUGACCUCUGCAACCAGGACGUGGACGAGUGCCUGUCUUCUCCAUGCGGGAGCGGCACUUGCACAAACACGGUCGGCGGGUUCAGAUGCGAGUGCACCGCCGGCCUCAGAGGUUCAAACUGCAUGGAAGACAUCAACGAGUGUGAGAGGAAGCCGUGUUUCCCGGGAGUCCAGUGCUUCAACAGCUUCGGCUCCUUCAGCUGUGGCCCAUGUCCAGAGGGCAUGCUGGGGAACGGCACGCUGUGUGAGGCCACCACUUCCACGUCUGCUCCCAGAACAACCUUCACCACAGAUGUCCAUCCACCACCGGCAAAAACCAAGACAAAUACUUUCCAGAAGAUGCCCAGCGGUUCAGAUGUGAGGAGUAGGAUCAGGUUUGAGACCGAUGGAGGUCAAGUAAAGGCUUCCACUUUGAGAAGAACUCCUGGAAAUACCCUGAACUCAGUCGACGCUACGGCAAAAGAAGAAGAGCCCGGCAAUUCUUGGACCAGUGAUGAAGUGGUGAGGAAAACAAAUGAACCAAAGAACUCCUCCAAAAGCGAGGCUUUAAGGGAGGUGCUGGAGGAUGUGUCGAAAGUUGGAAACAAAAUUUUGAAAAAGGCGACUCAAACACCAGGUGCCGCCAAUGUUUCGGCCACAUGUGCCAGCAGACCCUGCUUUCCUGGGGUCCAGUGCAUCAACCGUCGACCACCGCACGUUGGGUACGUGUGUGGCCGCUGCCCGCCUGGCUUGCAUGGCAACGGACGCAUCUGCACCAGGAGUGCAAAGCAAGGUCCGAAUCACCUGCCUCAUCUUCAGACUGCGAAGGUCAGCAGAUCCCCUCAGGGAGCCAGCCAGACCAGGGUCGCGCAGCUGCACUUACCAGAACUGCCCAGCAGGCACAGCGUCAGGCACCAGUCCUCCUCUGUCACCAGAGCAAACCGGGACAACGCCCCCCGCCCGGCCUCCUCUGCAGGACGUGGAGGAGGGACGGGGCGAAGGGAGGCAGUCACUGUGGCCAGAAACUUCAAGGCAGACAGAGAGACCACACACACUCACUCCAGCAAACAAGGCAGCACUGCCAGGUCCUCUCAUGCCACGUUUACUGCUCUUCCCAACUCCAGGGCCCAUGGUGGCGCCGCACCUGCAAAGGCAACUCCACCUCCUCCGCAGACAUCAACCCAGUUGAAGCCUUUAGAGACUCUCCCUCAGCUGAACCACCUGACGUCUACCCGAGCCAAACCGUGGUCCCCCCCACGCCCCGCCCACCCACUCUCCUCCGCCUUCACGGUUUUGUCUUACUCAUUCCCCGAGUCUGAGUUCUCUGCUGACGGAGACGACCUCGUACCAGGGAGUGUAGGCACGGCUGCCCUGGAGACACUCGCGACCGCCGGCAGGACGAUACCCUCUUCCUCGCUCCAGAGGACGACAGCCGUACAGUCGCACGAUCAGAGCCGCACCACGGCCCGUAAGGACAGAAUGACCUGUGCAGACAUGCCGUGUUUCCCUGGCGUGUCAUGUGAACCUACAUUUGACGGAGGCUUCGCCUGCGGCAGGUGUCCAGUUGGAUACACCGGAGACGGUCAGACCUGCCGAGCUGUGUGCCGACACACGUGUGGCAGGAACAUGGAGUGUGCUGCCCCGAACACUUGUCGCUGCAGACCUGGCUACACUGGACUUGACUGCCAGACAGCUAUUUGUGAGCCUGAGUGCCAGAAUGGAGGCUCUUGCGUGGCCCCUGGGGUGUGCCAGUGUCUCGGAGGGUUCCACGGAGAAACCUGCCAGGAAGCCUUCUGCAGGUUGCCCUGUCAGAAUGGCGGAACAUGCGUCGGACUCCAGAUUUGCUCCUGUCCGUACGGCUUCGUUGGACCUCAGUGUCAAACCAUGGUGUGCAGCCGCCACUGUCACAACGGAGGUCUGUGUUUGUCACCAGACGAGUGCAAGUGCCCACCAGGCUGGACCGGACCGUCCUGUGAAACCGCCGUGUGCUCCACAGGUUGCCUCAACGGUGGGUCAUGUGUGCGACCAAACACGUGCGAGUGUCCUCAUGGCUUCUACGGAGCGCACUGUCAAAACGCUGUCUGCAGUCCACCCUGUAAGAACGGAGGUCUGUGUAUGAGGAACAACAUGUGCUCCUGCCUGCAGGGAUACACAGGGGGGCGCUGUGAGAGAAGUGUGUGCGAGCCCAUGUGUAUGAACGGCGGCAGAUGUGUUGGUCCAGAUGUGUGCGACUGUCCCUCCGGAUGGCGAGGAAAAAUCUGUGACAAACCCAACUGCCUGCAGAAGUGUCUGAACGGUGGGGAGUGUGUGGGUCCCAACACCUGUCAUUGUCCACCGGGGUGGCAAGGAAUGUUGUGUCAAAUCCCUCACUGUGAACAGAGGUGCUUGUUUGGCAGCCGCUGUGUGCGACCCAACGUCUGCGCCUGCCGGAGCGGGUACUCCGGGUCUCUCUGCUCCAGAAAGCUUCCUGUCACCGGACGAGGACAAUGAUGCCGACGCCUCACAUCAGUUCCGUCUCAACAGAAACAUUCAAAGUGGCCCGCAGAGGUCAAAGGUCAUCUUCGCCGCAGAGCCAAACUCAUCAGGGGAACAGCAGCACAAUGCAACAGACACUGGCUCAAAACUCUUCUCUUGAUGCACAAACAAUGCCAGAAAAUAACAUGAACCGUGAGAGAAGAUGGAGGUUAAGUUGUAUGAAAAGGUACGAUUCCGUCCCUUGUGUGGUUGCUUUUCCACGUUAACUCUGGUGAGCACAUAUUUUUAAUAACAAUAUUCUACAAUAUUUUCACCCCCAUGGUGAGUGACCUCAUCAGUUGUCAGGAAUGGAGAUCUCUAUAUAGAUACAUGUAUGUGCUUAUUUAUUUGGUCGUUGGUUACUGUCACACACUUGCAGUUGUAUAUAUCUUUAAACAUGUGUAAUCAUUUUAUAAAGGU